AUGCAGGGACCUGGGCUUCCCGAGCCCUGGCACGGCCUCAGCCCCACUGACGGCACCGUGCUCCUCCCGCAGCCCGACGGCACCAGCGCACCCCUGGAGAUAGUGCUGCUGGACAAGGUGUCCACAGGCUUCCCCGGUGUGGUGCAGCUGCUGGAAUGGUUUCAGCUCCCCAACACCAUCGUGAUGGUGCUGGAGCGCCCGGAGCGGUGUCAGGACCUGCGGCGUUUCAUUCGGGCACGGAGGUUCCUGUCCGAGGAAGAGGCGCGGGAGCUGUUCCAGCAGGUGCUGGCGGCCGUGCGGCACUGCACCAGCUGCGGGGUCCUGCACAGAGAUAUCAAACCUGAGAACGUCUUGGUAGACCUGGACACCGGCGAGGCAAAACUGAUUGACUUCGGCUGUGGCACCUACCUGCAGGACACAGCCUACACUCAAUUUGCAGGAACACCGUCAUACAGCCCCCCGGAAUGGAACGACUUCGGGUGGUACCAUGGCGAGGCAGCGACUGUCUGGUCCCUGGGCAUCCUGCUGCACGAGAUGGUCUGCGGGGAGCACCCUUUCAGGAGGGGCAGGAACAUCAGAUGGGGCCAGCUCCCGCUGCCACAACGGCUCUCCCAAGACUGCCAAGUUCUGAUCAGGUGGUGUUUAUCCCUGAACUCCUUGGACAGGCCCUCAUUAGAAGACCUGUCCUGUGAUCCCUGGAUGCAGGAUAUUCAUCAGCCCUAGAAGAAGGGAGAGAGCCACAGGCACAGUGAUGCAGGGACCUGCCGGGCCCUGGGCAGAACCCUGACAGCCUGGUGUCACCCCAGGGAAGAAGGAGCCCCUGGAGAAGCUGUACCAGGUGGGGCUGCUGCUGCUGCUGCUGGAGACAUGGAGGACAGCAGCAAGGAUGACAACCUCUUCCUCCACCUGGCCAGCGGGAGCUGGCGAUGAUGGACUUUGAUUCUGGCACCUUCUUCAAAGCCAG